AUGAUGAUGGAAGACAGAAUUAGCCUUCUUCCAGAUGUUCUUCUUCAUCACAUUCUCUCUACCUUGAACACAAAAUGCGUUGUCCAAACUUGUGUUCUCUCUAAACGGUGGAAAACCCUUUGGACUCAUAUCCCCACUCUCAACUUUGAUUACAACUCUUACUCCUCCUCAUUAUCAUCAUUCAAAGAUAACGACGAUGAAGCCAAAGAAAAAUCGUUCAAGUACUUCAUCUUCCGAGUUUUAUCAAAACACUGCACCACUAACAUUCAUAAACUCACCUACACUACCUCUCAAAACGAAGAUGAAUUGGUUUUAGUUGAAUUCUUGAUAUGCUAUGCUGGAUCCCGCAAUGUCCAACAACUUUGCAUCAAUACUUACGAUACUAUUGGUAUUUAUGACUGGAAUUAUUGUUUUUCCGUAUGUUCAUCACUCAUUGGAUUGAAGAUGGUAUGUGCGUUUGUGCAUGACUGGGGAGUCUUGGCCAUACCAUCCUUGAAAAUUUUAGAGAUCGAAUGUGAUUGGUAUGAACGGGAUAAGGAGGCAAAUUACAAAGGAAUUACAAUGUUCCCUGGCUGUCCAAAUUUGGAAUCUUUGGUUUUGGUCGACUAUCUUUUUGAGAGUUCUACUAUUUCUGCUCCUAAACUUAAGAACUUGAAAUUAUGUGCUUCUCCCCGUAUGGAAUUAACUUUUCCGGAAGUUGAAUUGUUUACACCAACUCUUGAAACUGUCAAUUUCAUCAAUGUGUUGCCUAUUGUCAAGUCUGAUUCUGAAUUUUCGUGCAUACACAAAGUAGAUAUACAACUUAAAGACUCUAUUUUUGAAAGGGUUGGCUCACAAACACAAAAGUUAAAAUCAAAUUUCAGAGAGUUGCUUAGUGUGUUUCAUAAUGCAAGGUCAUUCACAUUACCUUUGAAGGCAACACUGGUCAUUUCGUUGUAUGAUGAACUAUUUUUUCAUAAUAUGAGUCAUUUGAGGUUGAAAACAAAGGAGUCCGGCUUACUAUUGGAGCAUUUACUAAAAGCCCCCAAAUUGAAGACCUUUGUUGUUCUCAAUGAGGAUAAGGAGGAUAUAAAGAACUGCAUGGGAUGA